ACGGGGGUUGCUUAGCAACCAUAGAUUGCGUGGGUGACGAGUACCAGAGUACCUUAAAAAGCUUUUCCGUGUAUGAAUUAGUGAGAGCCUCUAAGCCAAGAUGAAGCGCCCCUCUCAGGUCCGCAAGAAGGAUAAGCAAAAAGGAAAGGCAAAUGUCAAGGAGGCCCCAGUGCCGGAACAGGAGGAGGAAGUUGUUAACCCCAGUCAAGUCAAUCGGCCCCAAUGGACAGACAUGCUGAGCCAUGCAGAUGAAAUAGUGGGGGAUAUAAUGGAUGAGCUGCAAGGUCAAGUCAUGGAUGGCUGUUAUAAAUCAUACAUUGGAAAACAGCUUGUACCAUACAGUGUGUCCUGGGUCAAGAACUACCUCACUAAGACUGUGGAGUGCCAAGUCUUGUGCCUGGACCAAGGAGAGGAACCAGAAGAAUUAACUUCAACAGAAGACCUUGAGCCUAUGCCAGCUAUUCCAGAUUGCUGGGCCCAAGGAUGUGUGCCUACAGUCCAAAUUGAGGUUGGUAGUGACCAAGAAUCAUCAUACACAGACUCAAGUGUCCGAAGGCGAUCUAGGCCUUCUUCCUUAAAAAUCUGGGCUUUAAAGCAUGAUGAAAUUGAAGAAAAGCACAAGAAGGAUGACAGUGACAUCUCAUCUAAUGUUUCUACUACUUGUCCCCCAGCAAGCAGUGACAAAAAGAAGAUCCUUCAGGUGAAAAAGCCCCUCAAAGAUACUAUGAGCAAACCCCCAUUGUCUUUACCACCUCUCCCACCUCUCUUGAGUUCGUCAGAGAAAAAGGAUGUGCAGGUAGAGGUAGAGGGUGAAGAGAAAGACAGCAUUGCUUCCAAGACCCCACUGGCAUAUCGCCGCAAAGACCUCCGCCCAAUACCAAAGCUAGACCCUAAGCAAUUACCUCAACAUUGCAUUUCCACAGAGUAUGAGAUUCUCGAUAAUGACUUUGCUAAACCUAGCCCCCGAAAAUCUUGUCUAUUACCCAGACUGGAGCCAAAACUGACUAAGCAGAAAUCUAAAAGGGCGGAGACACCGUCAAAAACCAUAUCCAAAGAACCAACAGAAAGGUUUCAGAAAAAAUUUGACGACAACAUUCAUCUGCAUAAGCAGGACAAGGAACGGCCUAAACUCUUUGGCCCACUGAGGCUCGACACAAUGAUUUUGGCCAAAGGUGUUUCUCUUUUGGAUUCUCAAGCUGCUCAAAGUGUUCCUCCCAAAAUGAGCUAUCCGUCGCAGGCUACCAGUCUAAAGCCCAUACUGAGUGAUGUUGCUGUGCCAAUAUAUUCAGUUGACCAGGUUGCUGCUGCCUCGUCACCUCGAGUCACACCAAUAACGCAGACCAAGAACAGUGGCAGCUGAUUGAAAGAGUUAACAUGACUGUCACUGCUUAAGGAGAAAGAUGAUCUAGAUCUUAAUGACAAGAUGAAAAGUUCAAUGUAAUGCAAGCAAGUUAUAUUUUGUCCCUUAUGAGAAAGUAGUGAUAAAAGUUUAGUUUGUUUUUUAGUUAUAUACUCCUCCAUGUAAUCAGAAUUUCCUUUUUCCUGUGCAAGGUUCUAGAAAAAUUUUCUCUGUGUGAAAUAAAGAAAUA